AUGCUGGCAUCUUCUUUCAUCCGGCCGGAAAGGCUAUACAUGUAUUUGAGCUGUCUUGGGCGGAUGCAAAUGAGCCAUGAAUGAGACAGCGCGAAAGAGUUUCAGUUACGACUCGCAAAAAAUCUUACACGUUUCGAUGAUUGCCAUCGUUAUGAUUGGUUCUAUUGUUGGGAACAGCAUCAUUUGCUUUCUUCUUGUCAGGUUCAAGACUUUGCGAACAGUUCCCAAUAUCCUUAUUGUAAACUUGGCUGUCAUUGACAUUUUAAACGCAGUGACCAACAUGCCACUGAUGAUCAUGUGGUACAUAUACCAAGUUCCGUAUUUGAAAGGACUUGCAAUCUCCUGGUUCAUAGUGACAUGGUACGUACUUUUCAUGCACCUCACCGUAUUUAAUCUGACGGUGCUUACAAUGGACCGCUUCGGAGCCAUUGUCCACGGGAUUCAUUAUCACUCGUGGAAGACAAUCAACAAGGCGAAAGCAGCAGUGUUUUUUGUGUGGACUUUUGCCGCUGCCUAUACGUAUGGAAUGUUCACUUUGGGACUGGACAUUGACCUUGGUGAUGCCCCAGUGCUUCAGUACAGAAUGCAUUAUUUAAAGAAAUUUGGAAGGCAUUUUAUCAUUCCAGGGUAUGUUGUGCCUUUCAUGAUCAUGGUAGUUAUGGGAGUGGCGAUUUGGCGCACCCUGCAUAACCAUAGCAGACGUAUUUCGGCCUACUCUUCUACGGGAAAACAGACCAAAAAUGACGUGAAGACAGCAAAGACGAUCGGCUUGACUGUGGUUGCUUUUUUCUGCAUGGGUGUAUUACCGAUGUUGCUACACAACAUAUCUAAAGUUCAUGGCUCAUGGCCUCAUUUCCUUGCCUUCUUUCUCAAUCAUCUGAACAGUAUGGCAAAUCCGAUCAUUUACUCUCUGAAGACUCCUCGGUUUCGUAAGGCGUUUAUUCUAUUCUUGAAGGAACCUUUGGGCAAGUCCCAGCCACUGAUGGCUUCCAAGAAUCGGAUGGAUCUCAACUCCACAACGAGGAAUUUAUCUUCGAAAGUGGAUAUGUUUCACACCCAGAUCUCAUCUGUUUAAAUUUUGAUGAUAAAUUCUCUUUGUGUAUCACUUUUGUUCCAUUGUACAGCAAUAAUAGUUUGAAAACGUCAACUCGACUUUUAUUGAAUAUGUAACAAGAAUUGGGUUGAGAUUGUUAUUAGGAUACAGUUCACCAGCGUGGACAUUAGAAAAACCCAUAUUUGACGAAGUUCAUCGUAUACAUUUAUUUUUGAUCCAUAAUCUAAAGAUUUCCCUAAGGUUUCCUAAGCCAUAAAAUGCAAAGUAACAUUUAUCUUUUACACAGAGUUUCUACAAACUCUCUCCACAACGAGGAAUUUAUCUUUGAAAGUGAAUAUGUUUCACACGCAGAUCUCAUCUGUUUAAAUUUUGAUGAUAAAUUCUCCUUGAGUAUCACUUUUGUUCUAUUGUACAGCAGUAAUAGUUUGAAAACGUCAACUCGACGUUUACUGAAUAUGCAACAAGAAUUGGGUUGAGAUUGCUAUUAAGAUACAGUUCACCUGCGUGGACAUUGGGAAAACUCAUAUUUGAGGAAAUUCAUCGUAUACAUUUAUUUCCGAUCCAUAAUCUAAAAAUUUUCCUAAGAUUACCUUAGCCAUAAAUAGCAAAGUAACAUUUUUCUUUACACAGAGUUUCAACAAACUCUCUCCUUGAAUUAGUAUCUUAAAAAUUUCCUUCUGCUGACGUUAUGAAUAUAAAUCUCAGCAUGUGGCAAUAUUAUCUCUAAGGCGUCAUUCAAGUUUCCAAAGCGUGAAGCUGUUUGUGAACCACACAGUUGUCCUUACCUUUUUGAACCUAUCCAUGGAAGAAAACAAAAGCCACCUCUAAAGGAAAACUAAAACUGUCUAUUGUGACGUUCAAGUAGGGAUGAAGAUGAAGUAAGUAAAGUAAGCCUUGUUUCAUCUUAAAUUUUCUCAGAGUAAACUAGCAAAAUGUUUUCAAAUAUGAUAAAGGUGUGUUGCAACAGAGAACUUAAGCAGAGAAGUACUUGAGACGCGAACGGCAAACAAAGAAGAAUAAAACAAACU